AUGGCCGCCACCGACUACCUCUGGAGCCAGAAUAUGGCAAUGCUUGCGGACCAGCACCUUCAGCCUUAUGCUCAGGCACAUGCAUUCGCACCUUCGGCCGAAAGCACUCCUUGGCUCAGUGUUGGCAUUGCGUCUCCCGCAUCAGUAUCAACGAUGUUUUAUGAGCCUACCGUUGCUCUGCCCAUAGCCUCGACCGAUCCGAAGACAACACUGACUCUUUUUGGAGACCAAUUCGUCUGUCAGAUGCUUGAAGAUAUAUCCGGCACUGGUAUGAGCAGUAAUCUGAAUGUGGGCAACUCCAAUGCAUCACCACCCCAUCCGCCUUCUCGUGCGAUGCCGGGUGAUAAAGCACGCACGAAGAAAUGGGCACCAAAGACGUUCAAUGGAUGUCUUACCUGCAAAUGCAUCAAAUCAAACCUCAAAUGUAAUGGAUAUGCCGCACCUAAGAUCAAGCUAUUUGAUCCAACUGCCUCAUCAACAGCUUCCAGCUCAACGCCCCCGCCCGCGACAAGCCAAGCCCUCGUGUCUGGACAGGAGCCUGCUUCACUUGACGACAGUGAAUGGCAUUCGACUUCGCUAACCGAUCCUCAUCCUCAAGAGCUCGCGCUUGUUCCCAGAUUCGGCACGCAGGAGGAAUCACAAAGCUUCCAGUUCUUCCUCGAAAAAACCUCCGACCUGAUCUCAGUAUACUCGCAGCCAUAUCUAUGGACGGUGCUCCUGCCUCAAGCUACAUGGCAUCAACCCUCUAUCAAGCACUCACUCGUCGCACUUGCUUCGCUACACCGAUACCUCACCACAGUCGGCCCUGCCUCACAGCGAGCAAACCAUAACUUUGUGUUCCACUACAACAGUGCCAUCCGCGCCUUGGUGGCUGACAGACCGUCCAUUGAUGUUGUGCUCGCGGCAUGUGUCAUCUUUUGGGCGCUGGAGAAUUUCAAUGGAGGUGGCCAGGUGGCCAUCGACCAUAUGCAGGCCGCGCUCAAGAUCUUGGGGGAGUGGAAAAGCAAACACCGACCCAAUGACCCCUCCAAAGACUUCAUCAUCAGAUACAUCGAACCAACAAUUCGAGACGGAGUUAAGUUCGCCUCGAAAUGUCGUGUCGAGGAACUGGCUAGCCAGAUGAGUGCACUGUCCCUGACAACACGCGAUGUGAGGAUCAUGAACAUGGAAUACCCUGAAUUCAAUAGCCUGGAGGAUGCAGGCAACUACUUGAACGACUGUAUCGGGGACAUUCUCGCGCUCAAAGAUCAGGCUACGGUACUACUCAGUCCAAGUCCUCGCCUCAUUGAACAGGUAGAAGGGCUCGACGCCCGCCUCUACAAGUGGAUGAAUCUGUUCCAGAGCCUCACGGCCACUGGGCCUGUAUAUACCCGACGCAUGCUCGUUGUGCAUAAUGUCGCUGCAAACAUACUGCUGGACCAACUCAAGACACGAACGCAAUAUGAUAAUACAGGCGACGAAGUGGAGCAGGAGGAGCCGCGUCGCUGUCGAUUUAAUUUCACAGUCCUUGAAGUUGAGGAUAUUCUAAGAUACGACCCACUAGCUACAGUUGAGACGCGAAGGAAGAAACCACCGAGCCUGGGAUUCAUUCCGCCUAUCUUCCUGGUGGCGACCACGGCGCCGAAACCUGAGACUAGGACAAGAGCGAUGAACGUGUUGAGACUGUUGAACGUGACCGAGGGUCCGUGGAAUACAGAUCAUGCGGCGCAAAUAGCGGGACGGAUGCUGGAGAUCGCAGACGAGUGUGCGAUUCCCCCUUCGGCAGUCGAGUUGCGCCAUAUCCAUUUUGGUUUUGACCCAGACCAAAAGGUGCUGAGAAUGCGAUGGGCACCGGAAGACCCGGCGAUGCUGAAUGUGAGCAUGAUCAAGCAGAUCGAUGCUCAUAACAUGAACUGGAGCGAACCGAACGCUAUACCUGAGUUGAUCAAGAGAUUCGGCUAUCAGUUACCACCUUCUACGGCCAGGACACCUCCUUCUGAAUGUUGA